AUGAAGGCAAGGGUAAACGCGGCAGAAAGGAAGGCGAGAAAUACAAAGAAACCCAACCACGUGGAGGAACACCGGAAGGCAUGCAGAGAAUGGACAGUCAUGAUCCGGAAAGCAAAAGCGGACCAGCGGGAAAAGACGAUGAACGAGGCGAAAGGUAGUGAAGUCUGGAGAAUCCUAAACGCAGGAAGGAGAAGAGACACAAUUAUACCAACCAUACAAGGUGACGAAACGUUUGCGGGGAAGUGUCAAGCUCUAAGAGCCCAACUGUUCCCCUCGAAAUGGACGUCCCCCGACCAUUCCCCCCUAAACAUUAGACCCCCUUCUUUUGACCUUAGCAACACCUUCGACAUAGUCACCCCCGAAGAACUUAAUAAAGCAAUCGACUCCUGUCCAGCGCAUUCGGCGACCGGUCCGGACGGCAUCCCCUAUACCUUUAUUAAAGCGAUAGUCAGAGUAAAUACAACUCUAAUCCAAGACAUGUUCUCCGCCAUGCUCCGGCACGGAGUACACCCAGCGGAAUGGAAAAUAGCUAAGUGCAUCCCGAUCCCGAAACCCGGCAAAGCAAACUAUCAUGAAGCAAAAGCCUAUCCGCCUAUUUCCCUUCUACAAUGCUUUAGCAAAAUCCUGGAGAAGAUAGUGGCUCAGAGACUAUGCACCGCUGGAGAAAUCCUAGGCACACUUUCAGCGAAUCAAUUUGGAGGAAGACCAACCAUCUCGGCAAUCGACGCUCUCCUGAGAACCUUGACACCAAUACAACAAAACUUACUACUGAAAAACAGUACCGGAAUCGCUCGGCAAGACAGACCAGCGAUCCUAACCAACGAUAUCCAAGGAGCAUUUAACUGCGUCGACCACCUACUCCUCGCGGAAAUCAUGCACCAACAAAAAUUCCCCACCUACUUAACAGAAUGGUGCAAGGAAUUCAAUACCGGCAGAAAACUACAGUUCCAAUUUAACCAUGAGCUAGAAGAACCACAGCCCUAUGAUUCUGGAGUGCCGCAAGGAAGCCCCAUGUCCCCGGUACUAUUUAUGAUCUAUGCUGGAGUAAUCCUGGACCCAACAAGCAGCCCGAAAGAGAUGGACACCACAUAUAUCGAUGACGAUGCGCUGGUGCAAAUAUCCAAAACACCAGGCUUCACAAUCAAGAGAAUGGAGGAACGAAUGAGAGAGAGACUAAUAAAAGCUGAGCCACUCCAAAUUAAAUACGACCCGGAUAAAUCCGACCUGAUCUUCUUCCGGCCUACCACAUCAUCGACACAACAACCACGACUUCCGGUCAAAAUUAACAAUAUCAAUAUACACCCCAAGGAGAGGCUGAAAUAUGUAGGAGUCUGCAUAGACCUGACCCUCUCCUUCCGGCCCCACAUCGAAGCAGCGAUUGCAAAAGGCCUUAAAGCCCUCCACCAGAUUCGAUACACCGCCCGCCUACCAGGCAUAACGGUUAAAACGAUCCAUCACAUCAUAACACAAAGCUUCCUCCCAAGUCUACUCUACGGUCUCAAGGGAGUGAGUAGCGAGUAUUCCGCAGGGCACGAAGAGCGUAGCAGGGGACGGUGUGGGAGCUCCACGAUAUGGGUACUACGUGGCUCUAGCGUCGGUAAGGUUUGA